AUGACUCUAAGUCUCACAUGUUGUUACACAGUGCCUACCUCUAGUGUAACAGCUGGGAUUCGUCUCCCAGGGCUGUCACCCCUUUACUCUGACCUGUGCCCUGUUUCUCUUUGUAGCUCUGUUUUUAUUGUCCCUUCCUCUUCUGAUACCUUCCUCCUCCUUUAUUUUCUAUUUCCCCCUCCAUACCUACACCUCUCUCCUCCCCUUGUCCUUCUUUCUUAUUUUUCCUCAGUUAUCUCUCCUCUUUCUGUUUUUCUCUCUCUGUAUUUCUGGGGUUUCUGUCCCCUCCUUGCUGCCAAGCUGGAUUUCCUGCAGGUGAAACAUCUGAAAAGGAAGAGGAAGAGCAACUACAGUGUGCGAGAAACACAGACGCUCAUCAGGGAGAUCCACAAGAGGAGGGAUGUGUUGUUCUCCAGACAGCAGAACACAGCCAUUAAUGAGCUGAAGAGACAGGCAUGGGAGGAAGUGGCGCGAGGUGUCAAUUCACUGGGGGAGGGCGAGCUACGAACUGCUGCUGAGGUGAAGCGACGUUACCUGGACUGGCGCGCACUGAUGAAGAGGAAACAGCUUCAGGCUGAGCUCUCUCUCUCCUCCUCCUCGUCCUCAUCUUUGGCCCUGAAGACGGAGUACGAUCAGUCCUCCCCUGAGCAUGAGGCAGCCUCUCUGGGAUCUGGGUGCGACCAGCUGCUUGACCUCUCAGGCCUCCCAAAAGAUUGUCACUGCGACUGGCCGGAGCUGGCGGCUCUCGGCGAGCCGAGUGGUCAAGCCAUGAUGGCACCCCCGGGCAUGAAGAUGGAGGACGACGUCAGUGAAUACAGACUGGAUGGUGAUGGUGAUGUGGGAGACGGAGAAGGAGAACUAGAUGAAGAUGAUAUUCCCUCCCUCCUCAGUGACAUUGAGUCACGUGCCGAGGGGAGUGUUGGCGAUGUUUAUUCUCACAACAACUCGGGCCUGCACAACUCCUCCAAGGCUCCGACCUCCACCACCAGCAGAGACCUGCCGCUGGUUGAUGGCCCGAUGGGGACGCCGCCUCAUGCUCUGGGAGGACUCACCAAUCAUGAAAACAUGGGUGCAGGGUUUCUGGUUGCUGUAGAGAAACAGCGACUGGAGCUGGAAAAACAACGCCUGGCGGUGGAAACUGAGCGCCUGGCAGUGGAGAAAGAGCGGCUGGUGGUGGAGAAGGAGCGUCUUCGUCAGAUGGAGGUAGAGAAGGAGCGACUGCUGCUGGAGAGAGAGAGGUUACAGGUGGAGAGGGAGAGGCUGAGGCUUUUGCUCCUCAGCCAAUCAGAGCACGUCGAUUCCUCGUUUAACCUGCCACCACAACAAGGCCCGCCUUCGUCCUCCACGCCUUCUUUAUCCUGUUCUUAUGAUGGACAGAGGGAGAGAGAGAAGGAGGGUAAAGGGUGGAUGUCAGUGGUGGAUCUGGAGACGGAGAGGCUAAAACUGGAGAAGGAGAGACUGCAGCUGGAAAAAGAGAGACUGCAGUUCUUCAAAUUUGAGGCCGGCAGACUGCAGAUUGAGAGAGAACGCCUCCAGGUGGAGAAAGAAAGAAUGCAGCUGCAUAAAGAUCAUCAGAGCCACUGAGAAAAAGACUGAUAAAAGAGACUGAUAAGCGAGAGAAAGUGAUGAAUAAAUUAGAUUUUCACCAGCCUCUGCUGUGUUUUUAAUACCGGAAAGAACACAGCAUGUGUGCAUCAGAAACUUCCCUAAUCAACCCUAAUUUCAUACACACCCAUAUCUUUAAAGACAGUGUGAGCCACUUAAAGGAUCACUACUGAUGAGAAUUUGGCCAAGGAGAAGACAGAGAUGGAGGGCUGG